AUUUCUGAGCCAAGAGCUGAGGGUCAUAGAGCUCAGGGAUGGCAACAGCUGUGACGCUUAGGCAGAAGCUGCAGCUGCAGGGCCCAGUGACUGGGGACAAGUGAUGGUGCCAUUCGCCCACCUGCUGGAGACGGGGCAGGAAGAACAGUGACCCCAGGAGAGCACAGGCUGGCUCCAGAAUGAGGAGAUGACGCCUCUGGAGGCCCAGGCCUCCCUCCCGCCCGGGUUCUAGGAGCCGUGCCCAGGCUCCAGCCAGGAGCCCUGCCGCCCAGGGGCAUGGCCAAACCUUUCUUCCGACUCCAGAAGUUUCUCCGCCGAACACAGUUCCUGCUGUUCUUCCUCACGGCUGCCUACUUGAUGACCGGCAGCCUGCUGCUGCUGCAGCGGGCCCGAGUGGCCCUGCCGCAGGGUCCCCGGGCGCCUGGCUCCCUGCAGGCCUUACCCGUGGCCGCCAUGGCACUGGGCGUGGGCCUGCUGGACAGCAGAGCCCUGCAGGACCCCCGGGUCAGCCCGGAGCUGCUGCUUGGCGUGGACAUGUUGCAGAGUCCCCUGGCCCGGCCCCGGCCGGGACCCCGCUGGCUCCGGAGCCGCAACUCGGAGCUGCGCCAGCUGCGGCGCCACUGGUUCCACCACUUCAUGGGUGACCCCCAGGGGCUCCCUGCCCUGAGCCCCGAGGCCCCCAGGCCAGCUGCUAGCAGCCGAGGCACCUACGUUGGAUGCUUCAGUGACAAUGGCCAGGAGCGGACCCUGAAGGGCACCGUGUUUUUCGACUUGAGAAAGAUGACCGUCUCCCACUGCCAGGACGCCUGCGCCGAGCGGUCCUAUGUCUACGCCGGCUUGGAGGCCGGGACAGAGUGCUACUGCGGGAACCGGCUCCCAGCGAUGAGCGUCGGGCCGGAGGAGUGUAAACAGGAGUGCAAGGGGGAGAAGGGCUCCCUGUGCGGGGGCGUCGGCCGGCUCUCUGUGUACCGAGUGGAGGAGCUGCAGCCGAGCUCCAGGAAGCGGAGGACGGUCACUUACCGCGGGUGCUUCAGACUGCCGGAGAACGUCACACAUGCCUUCCCCGACUCCCUGAUACAGGCCAAUGUGACAGUGGAGACGUGUUCGGGGUUUUGUUCCAAGAAGGAGUUCCCCUUGGCCAUCCUCAGAGGCUGGGAGUGCUACUGUGCUUACCCCACCCCCCAGUUCAACCUGCGGGAUGCUGUGAACAGCUCACUGUGUGGCCAGGAGCCUGAGGCACAGAGGCUGGCCAAGUAUUGCCAGGUCUACCAGACCCCGGUGCAAGACACACGGUGCACAGACAGGAGGUUCCUGCCCACCAAGUCCAAAGUGUUUGUGGCUCUGUCGAGCUUCCCGGGCGCGGGGAACACGUGGGCUCGGCACCUCAUCGAGCAUGCCACCGGCUUCUACACCGGCAGCUACUACUUCGACGGGACUCUCUACAACAAAGGAUUUAAGGGUGAGAAGGACCACUGGCGGAGCCGGCGCACCAUCUGUGUGAAGACCCACGAGAGUGGCAGGAGGGAGAUCGAGAUGUUCGACUCGGCCAUCCUGCUGAUCCGGAACCCGUACCGGUCCCUGGUGGCCGAAUUCAACAGGAAGUGUGCGGGCCACCUGGGCUACGCAGCUGACCGCAACUGGAAGAGCAAAGAGUGGCCUGACUUCGUCAACAGCUACGCAUCGUGGUGGUCCUCGCACGUCCUGGACUGGCUCAAAUACGGCAAGCGGCUGCUGGUCGUGCACUAUGAGGAGCUGCGGCGCAGCUUGGUGCCCACGCUGCGGGAGAUGGUGGCCUUCCUUAACGUGACCGUGAGCGAGGAGCGGCUGCUGUGCGUGGAGAACAACAAGGAGGGCAGCUUCCGACGGCACGGCCGGCGCCCUCACGACCCGGAGCCCUUCACCCCUGAGAUGAAGGACUUGAUCAAUGGCUACAUCCGGACGGUGGACAAGGCCCUGCGCGAUCACAACUGGGCUGGGCUGCCCAGGGAGUAUGUGCCCAGAUGAUAGGCGCGGCCACUCUGCCCGCCCUGCUGUGCCCGCUCAGAUGCUCAGGGGGUGGCCUCGCUGGGACACAAGGCUGCUGUGCCACCAGCAGGGAGGCUGCCCAGUGCUGCCUCCCUCUUGUGCAGGGAGACUAGUCGCAAGCCCUUAGCCCACCCAGCAGACACCAUGCCACAGGACAAACACGCUCCUAGCCAGACAUGCUUAGACAUGCCACUCCACGCUCACAGUGCCUGUUUUGACAAGCCUGACACCAUGCAGGGUGUGCCAGACACUUGCAGACUUGCAAACACAGUCACACAGAUGCCAGGUUCCAUGUUCCCAGAGGCUGUCAGUCUGUCUGUCUCUCACACACACACACACACACACACACACACUCGUGCACCAGGGCUCCUGGAGGCCCCAGGUUUCCUGUUUUCAGCCCCAGGCGUGGACUUGCUGGUCCAGGUUCUUGACUGUGGGAUGCUGGGUGGGGCGGGCAUCAUGCUCUGAGCAGCAAGGACUUGAGCAUGGAGUUGGGCUCACGGAUUGUUGCUUCUGGGCCACGCGGCCCUGACAUCCCAUAAAUGUGUGUGGUGUGACAACUGGGCACCACGAACUCUGCAGCCCUGCCUCCCCC